CAUUCGAAGAUUUGCCUGCACGUGACCAGGAGCCGCCGCCCCUGUCCACGACCACCGUUGCCUGAGCGUCAGAGUUCGAGAAACUCUGAAGCGCAUCUCGUCCUUGCCUCCUUCCACUUGAAUGCCCCCUUGGGGACGUGAACUGGACGCUCUUCUUUGGAAAGCACGACGCUGGACUGCUAAAGACUGGGCCUACCUUCAUCACAUCUGCCGAAACGAACUUUGCAUCCGUCGCGUCUUCGACUCUGUUGAUUAAGGGAAUUUGACGCCACCACAAGAUCACCUUCCAUGAUGAAUGCUUUUCGCUUUGCUUCCAAAUCCUCGUCUGUGCGUUGGACUACGUCCCGCAUUGCAAAAUUCUCCACGACGCGGCUCAAAUUCCCUGUAUCUGCCACACCGCGAUGGACCGCAACUGCUACUGCGACAACGUCCCUUCCAAACCAAUCUCCACUGCUCUUCUUUCCAACACCCCCCCAUCAACGCUCGGUUCUCAAAUGUGGCGGCGUCCAGCGUGUGAUUUCUAAUGAAGAGCGUAUUGAAAUAACGUGGGCCGACGGGCAUACCAGUCCGUUUUGUCAUAUCUGGCUUCGUGACAAUUGUCCUUGCAAGCAAUGCCGCCACCCCAUUGCUGAGGAGCGUAUGCAUGACACACUCAGCAUCCCUCUUUCCAUCCAACCAGAGAAGGUUUCCAUCACAUGUGAGCAUCUCGAAGUGCAUUGGAAUGACGAAGCCUUCGAGCAGCGCCGACAUGACCCCCAUGUGUCGCGAUAUCCCCUCGAUUUCUUACACGAGCAUUGCUACCUGCGCCAAACUCGCGAGACCAAACCAUUUUACGGCGAAACUUUAUGGGACACUGCCACCAUUGAAGCUAUCAUGCCUCGAACCACGUACGAAACCAUCACGCAAAGCGACAAAGGUCUGUUGACUUGGUUGAACAUGGUCGACGCGUAUGGAUUUGCUCUUGUCGACGAUGUGCCCCCCGACGGACUGCACAACGUGUCGGAGCGAGUUGGUCCAAUCCGCAACACGUUUUGGGGUCCUACAUGGAGCGUCAAGAGCGAGCCGAAGCCAAUGAAUUUGUCGAUGACAAGUCAUGAGCUACAUCCUCACACAGACUUUGGGUGGUCGGAAGCGCCGCCAGGGCUGCAAUUUUUGCACUGUUUGGCUUUUCAGUCUCCGGACGCUGUCGGUGGCGAGUCCACGCUUGUCGACGGGUAUGCUGUGGCCGAGUUACUUCGGUCGCAACACCCCGACGCGUUUGAGUUGCUCAGCAACGUGAGCAUUCCCCAUGUAUUUUCGAGCGAGGACUUGUAUUUUCAACACAAUGCGCCGAUUUUGUCGUUGGACAUGACGUCCAAGGCUGUUCGCGAUGUUCGGUUCAACCAGGCAAACCGAUCGCCGCUCCAUCUUCCGCCACACCUCGUUCGCCCGUACUACCACGCCCUUCAUCUGUGGACGCAAGCAACUCGGGCGAGUGAAAACCUGCUCCGAUUCCGCCUUCAUGAAGGCCAGGUCCUUGUGUUCAACAACCGCCGCCUGUUGCACGGACGACAUGGCUACGAUGCCCAGAAAACGUGGCGUCACUUGAAGGGCUGCUACAUGGACUUGGAAGAUUACAAAAGCAAGCUCACGAUGCUACGGCGCCACCACCUUGGCACUCCACGCAGAUUUUCCACCGAGCGAUACAUCCGCCAGAGUUCUCGCGGCACAACCGUCGGCCUCGAUCCUGGCUACGACAACUACAAUCAAAAGUAUGUCACGGACGCCGUGGCUCAUGUACAAGACGUGAUUGCGUCGGGCGAGCGGUAUGACGACGGCAGUUGCCUUAAGGAUGUGGCGCAGGCCCAAACGGCAGCAUUCACCAACUUGGACGAAGGCACGAAAGCCGAUUAUGUGUAUCAGUGUUCGCUGUACGACCAUGACAUCAAGGUCAACUUGGUCCCGCGCCUGCAGGGCAUGCUCCGCAAACUUGAAGGGGACCACAUUCGCCUGGGCACAGGGGCAAAGGUGGAUCUGUUUGAGCACAGUUUGCAGUGCGCGACGCUGGCGGUCGAGGACGGCGCGGACGAAGAAAUGAUCGUGUGCGCCUUGUUGCACGACGUCGGGGAGAUGCUCUCCCCAUGCAAUCAUGGCGAAAUUGCCGGUGCCAUCUUGCGUCCAUACGUGAGUCCGGAGCGGUAUUGGAUGCUGGCACACCACGAGAUCUUUCAGGGCUACUACUACUUUCACCACGUGGGGGGUGACCGCCACCGCCGUGACGCAUAUGCGGACCAUCCUUCGUACCAACUCACUGUGGACUUUUGCCACAAGUAUGACCAAGCGGCGUUCAAUCCGGCGUACGAGUCGUACCCGCUGCGUUUCUUCGAGCCCAUGAUGCAGCGCGUGCUAGCCCGAAAGGCGUAUUGGUUCCAACCAGACCACCCAAAGACUGGCUGUGUCACGGGCUCAUCGUUGGCGGCGUAGCAAGAGCCUUGCUCGAUAUUUUCACAGUGCAAGUUUUUUGACGUCGCGAUCGGGUGCCGACGCGUUGUGUGGCGCGCGUGUAGCUUCACAAGUUGGUUUGGCGGUACAUUUUGAAUGGUACAUAAUUGGAGCUAGUCGGAAUCGUUGUCGUAGUCCGAGUCUUCCGGUUCCAAGUCGGGGACCCCCGCCCGCUUGCGCGAUGCAAGCAUUUGUUUGUACUUUGUCGGGUACUUGCGCUUCCAUCGCGCCGCCAAGUCGUGUUGGUACGCGAGCAUGUUCUCCGGCUGCCACAGCUCGCGACUCAACACUUCGUCUCGGUCUUCGAUGAAUUGGUCGCUGUGGAAAUACUCUGGCGAGAUGCCCUGGGCACACAGCGUUA